AUGAAGAUACUCAAAGAUGAUCCUAUCUCUGAUCACCCAGGCAAAACGAAUGUGAUCGAGCUGUUCGAUAAAUUCAUUCAUACCGGACCCAACGGAGGUCAUUCCUGUAUUGUCAACAGACCAUUGGGACGUUCCAUUGAACGAAUAUUGUCAGAGUUUAUCUGGGCUGAUCCAGUGCUAUAUUCGUUCUGUUGUCGAAUCUCAAUUCAAGCCCUGCAAGCACUGGAUCUUCUGCAUCAGGAAGACAUCAUGCACGGUGAUAUUCAUACGGGAGAUUUCCUCCUCGCGCUGACUUACAAUAUUGAUGAAAACACCGUGGAAGAUACUGAGGCAAAAAACACACACGGUAAUGAUUUGAAUGACCCCAAUGGUCCUUGUAUCCUUGACGAUAAGGUCGAUAUUACCUCUGGGGGUCUAAAUGCAAAGGUCUUUCUAGUCGAUCUUGGUGCUUCUAGCAGCCCCAAAGAUUUACCAAGAUUUGAGACCGCCUAUUCAAUCCCGGAUCGGGCACCGGAAAUUCUUAUGGAUAUUGGAGGAGCUACUAGCAAGGCUGAUAGUUGGGCCCUCGGCUGCGUACUUUGGUGCAUCGUCACAAGAACCCCACUUUUCGCACCUUGA